AUGCAAGAUUCCCAUCGCGUCGACCCUUCCGAUGCGCAGUCACUACAACCUCUACGGUCGGCGGUGGACCAGUUAACCCAAGACCCUUACGCUUUCGCGCAGCGGGAGCUCCAUGACGCCCGUCCGCCGGAGCCAUAUGCUAGCUUCCUGCCCCCCGAACUUCCAACAGAACCCGCCAAACACACCGAGACCUCCAUCUUCUCCGCGAAGGAGGGCGGCUAUCUUCGCGACAUCGCCGCCAUUCUCGACCCGCCUGACCUCGACGCAUGGCGAGAGAAGCUAUUUCACGUCGACGAGACAAUCGUCCUCAGCGAGGAGCAAUUCCGGACCUACUUCCCCCACGUCGACAACGUCUACUCGCACCGCUCGACCCAGCACUACAAGCGCAAACCUCUCGUCUCGCAUUACUGGGAUUGCAGACUGAAAGGCCGACCCCCGGGCACCCCCAAAUCCGACGACCCGAACAAGAAGAAGCGGAAACGCACCGCCCGCCAGCGCGACCUCUGCGACGUCAAGAUCAAGAUCACGGAGUACUUCCCCGGAUACGCCGUCAUGACGGGGCCCGACGCCAUCACGAAUGCGACCGAGUCCGCCCUCGCGGCUGAGUCCCUCCCCGGCGUCAACGCGUUAUAUUCUACCCAGCAAGGAGGCAUCCCCGGUGGACUGGCCUCUGGCCCGCGCGAAAACCAGCCGUUUGGCGUCUUGACGCCCAAUCCUCCUCUGCCGCCGGGUCACCCUGGCGCCAACGGACAGCGGUUCUUUACCAUCCAGCGGGUGAACGGGAAUGGCGCGAAUGGGAAGAACGAUGGCGUCAGCGGGGGGCAUCGACAUACUCUGGAGGAGAGCGAUCGGGUGAAGAAGAAUAGCGUCCAACGGUAUCGCCAGAAGGAAGCGCAGGAGAAGAGGAAGUCAUUGACUGCGACGAAAACCCGAACAAUGUCCGCCCAAAGCCAACCCCCUCAGAAAACGUACCACACCAAGGCCACCGGCCCAGCUGCCGUGACUGUUGAGAAUCAUUCUCAGGAGAACGAACUCAAACUAUACGGAAGCUGUUUUUGUCCCUUUGUUCAACGGGUAUGGAUUGCCUUGGAAGCCAAGGGCAUUCCUUAUCAGUACAUCGAGAUAGACCCGUACAAGAAACCCCCUUCCUUGCUGGAAGUGAAUCCAAGAGGGCUGGUCCCUGCCUUACGCCACGGGGACUGGGGAUCAUACGAAAGUUCCGUUUUGAUGGAAUAUCUCGAAGAUUUGAAUAUCGGCCCUACACUGCUGCCUGUGGGAGAUGCGAAAGCGCGCGCACAUUGCCGAUUGUGGGCGGACUUUAUCAACCGUCACAUCGUUCCCAACUUCUACCGACUGCUCCAGGAACAGAACGGGCAGAAGCAAAUCGCGAACGCGAGAGAGCUGGGCGAUGCAUUUAAUACGCUGGUAGCUGCUGCGGAUCCGGAAGGCCCCUAUUUCCUAGGACCCAAUCUCUCGUUUGUGGAUGUCCAGGUAGCCCCUUGGAUCAUUCGUUUGAAUCGUGUCCUGAAGCCCUACCGGGGUUGGCCAAAGCCCGAACCGGGUAGUCGAUGGGCUGCUUGGGUUGAUGCAAUCGAAGCGAAUGAGCAUGUUCAGGCGACAACAAGUACCGACGAGCUCUAUCUCGACAGUUAUGAGCGAUAUGCUCAAAAUCGACCCAACACAUCGCAGGUCGCGAAUGCAAUCAACUCCGGAAGAGGUCUUCCAUGA